CGGGGCCUAGUGUGGCUGCAUGUGUGCGCGGGGGAGGCUGGGCGAGGCGCAGGGGUCCCGUUGGCUUGGCCAUGGCCCAUCGCUACCUGUGGCUGUCGCGGGGGUGCCGCCGCCGCCGCCUCCCCCCCGGCGGCCUUCCCGGAGCUCAGCAGCAGCAACAGUUACUUUGGAGCCGGAGCUUGACGGCGCCUUCGCCCUGCCCGAGGCUGCUUCAUGACCAAGUUGCUUCCCAGGUUCCUACAAACCGAAAUAAUAUCCUUGUAAAUGUGAUUGCUGCUUACAGAAGACUCUUCUCCCAACCUCCAAAAGGAUUUGAAAAAUACUUUCCUAAUGGGAAAAAAGCUAAUGAAACAAAAGUAUCAGAAGGAGAGACAAAAGACACAAAGCCAAAUAAUUCCCAGCGGCCUGCCAAACCUGGCGGUGGAGGGAGCAGCGGUGGUGGUGGUGGGAAAAAGGGUGGCAAGAAGGAAGAUACUGGCUGGUGGUCCCGAUUACAGAAGGGUGACUUUCCCUGGGAUGACAAAGAAUUCCGUUUCUAUUUUACGGGCAGUACUAUUUUCUGGGCUAUUGUUACAUACUACUUUUUCUUUAGGAAUGUUGGGAGAGAAAUCACAUGGAAAGACUUCGUCAACAACUAUCUUUCGAAAGGAGUGGUGGACAAGCUGGAAGUGAUUAACAAGCGCUUUGUCAGGGUGGUCUUUACCCCUGGAAAGUCUCCUAUUGAUGGGCAAUAUGUCUGGUUUAAUAUUGGAAGUGUGGAUACUUUUGAACGGAACUUGGAAACUGCACAGCUCGAGAUGGGGAUAGAAGGGGAGAACAGAUUGCCUGUAGUAUAUUCAGCAGAGAGCGAUGGCUCAUUUCUUCUAAGUAUGCUGCCAACAGUUCUGAUAGUUGGCUUCUUGCUCUACACGUUAAGAAGAGGACCUGCUGGAAUGGGCCGAACAGGACGGGGAAUGGGUGGACUCUUCAGCGUGGGGGAAACAACAGCCAAAGUCCUAAAGGAUGAAAUAGAUGUAAAGUUCAAAGAUGUAGCUGGCUGUGAGGAGGCUAAACUAGAGAUAAUGGAGUUUGUUAACUUCCUGAAAAACCCAAAGCAAUAUCAAGACCUUGGGGCAAAGAUCCCAAAGGGAGCCAUUUUGACAGGACCUCCAGGCACUGGUAAAACGCUUCUAGCCAAAGCUACAGCUGGAGAAGCCAAUGUUCCUUUUAUUACCGUCAAUGGGUCUGAAUUCUUAGAGAUGUUUGUCGGUGUGGGUCCAGCUAGAGUUCGUGAUUUAUUUGUUCUAGCUCGUAAAAAUGCCCCUUGCAUUCUCUUCAUUGAUGAAAUAGACGCAGUGGGAAGGAAGAGAGGACGGGGUAACUUUGGAGGGCAAAGUGAACAAGAAAAUACACUCAACCAACUACUAGUUGAAAUGGAUGGGUUUAAUACUACAACAAAUGUAGUUAUUCUAGCAGGGACCAACAGACCGGAUAUCCUAGACCCUGCGCUUAUGAGGCCAGGACGGUUUGAUAGGCAGAUCUUUAUUGGGCCACCAGAUAUAAAGGGAAGAGCAUCUAUUUUCAAAGUUCACCUUAGGCCCCUGAAGUUGGAUAGUAGCUUGGAUAGAGAUAAUUUAGCACGAAAACUUGCAUCUCUGACUCCUGGAUUCUCAGGUGCAGAUAUAGCGAAUGUAUGUAAUGAAGCGGCUUUGAUUGCUGCAAGACAUCUUUCAGAUUCCAUUAACCAAAAGCACUUUGAGCAAGCAAUUGAGCGAGUGAUAGGAGGCUUGGAAAAGAAAACCCAAGUACUGCAACCAGAGGAGAAAAAGACAGUAGCAUAUCAUGAAGCUGGACAUGCAGUUGCUGGAUGGUUUCUGGAACAUGCUGAUCCACUUCUGAAGGUAUCUAUUAUUCCGCGUGGCAAAGGAUUGGGGUAUGCUCAGUACUUGCCUAGAGAGCAGUAUCUGUACACCAAGGAACAGCUGCUUGACAGAAUGUGCAUGACUUUGGGAGGGCGUGUGUCAGAACAAAUCUUCUUUGGCAGAAUUACAACAGGUGCCCAAGAUGAUCUAAGGAAAGUUACUCAGAGUGCAUAUGCUCAGAUUGUUCAGUUUGGCAUGAAUGAAAAAGUUGGCCAGAUCUCAUUUGACCUUCCUCGGCAAGGAGACAUGGUGUUAGAGAAACCAUACAGUGAGGCAACAGCAAGAUUAAUAGAUGAAGAAGUGCGAAAGCUUAUUAACACAGCUUAUGAGCAGACAUUGUCCCUUCUGACUGAAAAGAAGAAAGAGGUGGAAAAGGUUGCUUUACGACUCUUGGAGAAGGAGGUUUUGGAUAAGAGUGAUAUGAUUGAACUGCUUGGCCCAAGACCAUUUGCUGAAAAAUCCACUUACGAAGAAUUUGUUGAAGGCACAGGAAGCUUAGAUGAAGACACUUCACUUCCAGAAGGCCUUAAAGACUGGAACAAAGAUCGUGAGAAAGAGAAGGCGGAGACAACAGAUGAACAGAUAGCCAGACAAAUCACAGGAGACAUGCCAUUUUAAUGCUGAAAUACAGCAUUGUAUGAACUGGUAUAGUAUUUUUAGUGCACACUGAAAUGGAACAUGACACACUUUGCAGAGACAGGCCUCCUGCUUAUGGAAAUCAGCAAACUACCAGUGGUGGAAUGAAGAAGGGUCUUUUUUUUUUUUUUUAAAAGCUAAGGAGUAUUCCAAUUUCAUUGGAAACCCUGUCCUGGAAAUUAUUCACAGAAAGAGGAGACCUUGCAGCUAAUGGGUAUAUGCUGUGAACCCCCUUCCAGAUGUAUAUCCAGUUCCAUAUCCACAUUGUGUAAUACUUGCCCAUCAAUGGGAAUAUGUAAGCUGACGUGGAGGAAGAGUCAGUCAAGGAAAUUGGAAAAGUCCGCAAGAGUUAAGCCUCUCAGUCAAGUACAAGUUGUUAGCAUGCAAGCUGUGCAUCGCUUGACACUUUCAUCAGAAGGGCCAGGUAAUUUAUGAAAGUGCUUUCUGUUCUACAGAAACAUCCAGUUUCCAUUCACUAGCUAUUUAAUUUUAUCCUUUCACCUUGCUGUUUGUAAAGUUUUAAGCCAAUAAAUUUAAAGUAUAUUGGCAGUGAAACUGGAAACCUACUAAAGAGCUUUUCUGUCAUUUAUGGCUUUGUGGCUAUGAUAAAGUGUAAAACUUAAAUUAUAUUGCAGUUUUAAUAAAGGUGUUUUCUACAGGGAUCUGUAAGAUACUAA